AUGCUUAAAAGAGACUUACUAAUACAAUUAAGCUUUAAGAUAUUUCAAUAAAGCUAUUUAGAUAAGCUAAUCUAAUCAACUCUAUAUAUUAUGGUAAAUUUUAAUUUUAAGUAAUUAGGAGAUUGUCUAAGAGAAUUAGAGAAAUAUGAAGAGUCUAUAAAAACUUAUGAUGUAAUUUUACAUUAAUAAUCUAAAAAAUGCUGAUACAUCUUUUGGAAACGGUAAAGCAUUCAAUAAUAUAUUAAGGAAUAUGUUUAUUGUAUUUAAACAAGCCUAAAGAAGCAGAGAAUUUAUUAAAAAACUCAUUUACUCUAAAAUCAGAUUGUUAUUUAGGAUAUUAUGGAUAUGGUAAAUGAUUAAAUUAAAUUUUAGGAUUGUAAUUAUUCUCAUAAGCACAAUAUUAAUAGGCAAUUAAACAUUGUGUUAAAGCUUUAGAUAUCAAUCCAUAACAUGUUUAUUCAUUACAUGGGAAGGGUAAAUUUAAUUCAAUUAAUCAAAUGUAACUGCCUAUUUAUUAGACAAAAUUUGAUUUAUUUAAUAUAUUAGAUGAAUGA